UACAAAAUUCUUCACUUUUGUUUGCUUAUGUUAUGGCUGGUACCGUAUAUAGUUCUCAAACUCACUGACUCAACUGGGUGGGAUUUCGAGCCGAGUCACUAGGAAACUCGAGCUGACUCGAUUACUCAGUCGACUUGGCAUGAUUUGGCAUGAUUGGGUCGCUUGCCUUAUGAGGUAGCAUGUGGGAUUAGAUUCAAACACCCAGUGUUAACCAAGGGAAGCAGGGACUUCAACCACCGAAGUAUACAUGAUGUAGUUGCUUUGUGUUAUAUAUGUUCUAUAUUACUUAUACUAAAUUUAACUAUUUUAAAUAUCUACAAAAAAUUCUAAUAUUUUCAAUUAUUGAGUAUGAGUUGGGUUAAGUCUUCAAGUCAACCUGACCCAACUAUAACAGUGAAUCAAGUCGAGUUCUCUAAGUUUCUGAAUUAUGACCAGUACCAGACCAUCAAGCUAUUAUGUAGCAUACUACUAACACCAUCUAAACAUUUCAAGUACAGUAACAAAACUGGGGUACUUACUAACCUACUACAAUUUCCAUGUUUUUCUCUAUGCCAAAUAGUUUUAUUUGCAGGGAGAACUUCCAUUGGAGUAUUGUGCCUUAUUGCCUUACUGGUAUAUAAAGUACAAUGGAGACAUAUAUGGAUGGACACCAUGGUAGAAGAGUUCUUGAGCAAGUACAGAUGCCAAACGCCUGCAAGGUACUCUUAUUGGGAUAUUCGAAGGAUGACCAUGCGUUUUAAAGAGAAAUUAGGCGUAGGAGGUUUUGGCUCCGUUUACAAAGGAAAGCUCAGAAAUGGCCCACCCGUUGCGAUCAAGAUGUUGUCUGGUAAGUCGAAAGGCAAUGGGCAAGAAUUCAUCAAUGAAGUUGCUACGAUCGGAAGGAUUCAUCAUGUCAAUGUUGUCCGACUCAUUGGAUUUUGUGCGGAGGGAUCGAAAAGGGCUCUUAUCUAUGAGUAUAUGCCUAAUGGCUCUCUAGAAAAAUAUAUAUAUUCCCAUGAAGGUAAGAGCAGCCCUUUGAGUUGGGAGAAGAUGUACCAGAUUGCAUUGGGGAUAGCACGCGGGAUCGAAUAUCUUCAUCAAGGUUGUGACAUGAAGAUUCUACAUUUUGACAUCAAGCCUCACAACAUUCUCCUUGAUGACAACUUCAACCCAAAAGUUGCCGACUUUGGGCUCGCAAAGUUCUACCCAACAGAUGAAAGCCAUUUAUCAGUCACAGCUGUAGGAGGAACUCUAGGAUAUAUGGCUCCUGAACUAUUUUAUAAAAAUACCUGCAGGCAGGUCUCAUACAAGUCUGAUGUUUACAGUUUCGGAAUGCUUUUGAUGGAAAUGGCUGGUAGAAGAAAGAACGUGAAUCCAUCCGCAAACUCAAGCCAAAUUUACUUCCCGUUGUGGGUAUAUGACAAGCUCGAUCAAGAUGGGGAGAUGGGAAUGGAGGAUGCUGCUGAGGAUGAAAAGGAAAUUGCAAAGAAGAUGGUUAUAGUUGCAUUGUGGUGUAUACAGAUGAAACCUGCAAACCGUCCUUCCAUGAGUAAAGUUAUAGAAAUGCUAGAAGGUAGUGUGGAACUUUUGCAAAUGCCAGCCAAGCCUUUUCAUUCUUCCCCACAAAGGGUUCCCGAUGAAGAUCAUGCAACUGAUACAAAUCCCACAGAAUCAUCGAGUAUUGAGGAACUGGGAUUGCUCUCAGAAAUUUAUGAGGAAUCAAAUAACUUAGAUGUGAUCAUAGAUUAAGUUGUGAUACUUAGACUAUCAAAACAAUAAAGUUUUAGAUAUUUGGUACAAGAAACUAUUCAUGUAUUUAUAAUGAUGUAUGUGUUGGUUUUAAUCUUAGUUAUUUUCCUGCAUAAGUAAUGUUUUUGUAAUAAUAUAACUUGAAAGCAUUAAAGGUCAUCUUUCCCUAUAA